UAUGUUGAUAUGUGAUGAUGGCGUUCAAAUUUCAGCACAUAAAGUAAUUUUAGCAUCCGCAAGCCCUAUGCUAUUAAAAAUGUUCGAUGGUGGCUUUAAAGAGACCAAAGAAAUUAGUAUGCCUAUUAAAGACAUCGAGUCUGGUAUUCUGAAGUCAAUUGUAACGUGUGCAUAUACAUUUCAGAUGGAUAUCAAUAAUAAUAAUAUUGAAAAACUAGUAAGAGCUUCUGACUACUUUCAAUUUAACUAUGCUAAGGAUUUGUGUUACGAUUAUGUUAAAAAUAACAUAAAUGUCAGUAAUUGUCUUAAUAUUAUGAGAUUUGCUGAACCUACGUCACUAAAAGGGCUGUACAAUUAUUGUUUCUUGUAUUGUUUAGAAAAUUUCAAUACAAUUCUAGAAUCGCAAAUAAUACAAUUAUAUGAAUUAAAUUUUGAAGAUAUUUUUAAAAUCAUAUCAAAUGAUCAUUUGAUGGUUGAAUCUGAAGAAAAGAUCAUUGAUUUCAUUUUUGAAUGGAUAAAAUAUGAUUUAGAGGAACGAAGGAAAUAUUUAUCAAAUUUACUGAAUUAUUUAAGGUUACCUUUAGUUUCAAAAAAAGCAUUACUACGUAUAUGUGAUGAGCCAUUAAUGAAAAGCCAAUAUGACUGUUUGAUAGAUAUCAAAAAUAAUUAUUUAUCUGUCGAUGUUGAUGAAAACAUUACAAAAGCGACAAAGAGGACACCUCAUUUGUAUAAACCAAAUAUUAUUUUCGCAAUUAAAGGUCAAUCAAAUGGUGACGAUUCUUAUGUAAUGUAUAUGGAUCUGAGGUGUGAAAAUAAUCUUAAUUGAAAAUCAUGUGAUUAUUCAUUUUUUUGUCCACCCCGUCGUGGUGCAACUUUGGCCGUUUCGGAAACUGGAAUACUACUUGCAAUUGGUGGUCUUAAUAAAUCAGAAGAAUACAGUAAUUGUGUUUAUGAACUUGAUCUUACUUCUACACCAAAAACGUGGAUACCUACAACGCCUUUGCGAAGAUUAAGAAAAUUGUUUACUGUUUGCACUCAAGGAAAGUAUAUUUACGUGGUAGGAGGUCAAGGUACUUUAGGUGAAUUAGUAUUGAACUCAGUAGAAUAUUAUGACAUAUAUUCAAAGGAAUGGGCCGAAAUAAAACAGCCAAUGCCAAACGCUCGGAACUCAUGCAGUUCUAUAAUUCACAACUCUUGUUUAUAUGUUUUUGGCGGAAGUGAUGGUAAAAACUUUUCAAGUAUUGUUGACUGUUAUAAUCUACAAAAAGAACAUUGGACGCAGUGUAAUCCUAUGCCAACAGCUACUGCUACAACAGGCAUUACAAGUAGAGGAAACGAUUUAUAUUUAUUUGGCGGUAUUCCUUAUUCAACAUCCAAAGGUGCUUACAAAAUGAACUUAAAUAAUUCAAAAUGGGAUACGCUUCCUGAUAUGAUCAAGGCAAAAAUGUAUGCGAAUGCCGUUACUAUUGAAAACGAUUUAUUUGUUGUGGGAAAAAAUAUCAACUGGCGGUCCACAAAAAAUGAGAAAAGACCUGAGGUAGUCUUUUGUGAAAGAUAUAUUGCUGAAAAAAACACAUGGCAAGUGAUUAACACAUCAAAUAUAUUAAGCGACUAUGAUCACAUAAUUUGUCUUAAUGAUGCGAGAUUGAAAACAUUUAAUAUUGACAUUUUAUAAAAAUGUAAAUAUAAUAUACUAUGAAAUUAUAAAAACAAAUUUAGUAAAA